AAGCCUAGCUCCGAAGGAUCGACAAAGAUCCUACAAAGAAAACCCACAUCCUGGUCACUUCUACUUUCUUUUCCUAUUUCCUUGUCACAUUCAGUUACCUAUAUAUAUAUAUAUAUAUAUGUGUACAUGUAUACAACUACACAGACAGAGGAGAGAGAGACGCUGUAGAGGAGAAGUGGGUAAGAGAAAGGUGAGAAAGAAUGGCGAGUCUUGAGAACCAAAAGCCAUGGAAGGUGGAAUAUGCAAAGUCGUCGCGAUCGUCAUGCAAAACCUGCAAAAACCCCAUUAACAAAGAGAAGCUCCGCCUUGGCAAGAUGGUCCAGGCCACCCAAUUCGACGGCUUCAUGCCCAUGUGGAACCAUGCUGAAUGCAUUAUGAGGAAAGCAAAGCAGAUUAAAUCAACUGGUGAUGUUGAGGGCUUGGAGCUGCUCCGAUGGGAAGACCAGCAGAAAAUUAGAAAAUACGUAGAAAGUGGUCAGCAGCAGGCAGAAACAACAAAUACAGCCAUUGACAUGGAAUGUGGUAUUGAAGUUUCGCAAACUUCUCGAGCCACUUGCAGGCGCUGCAGUCAAAAGAUCUUGAAAGGAGAGGUUCGAAUUUCCACCAAGCCUGAGGGUCAAGGAGCUAGGGGUUUGGCAUGGCAUCAUGCCAAUUGUUACUUGGAAUCCUCUGAACCUAUUGAACUGGAGAAGUUGACAGGGUGGGGGGCCCUUCCAGUUUCUGAUCAAGCAACUGUCUGUGCCCUAGUUAAGAAGGUUCCUUCUACUCAGAAAAGUGGCUCCAAAGUUGAAGAAAAAGAUGGUAAAGGACUGAAGCAAUUGACUUCCAAAGCUGGAACAAAACGUAAAACAGAUGUGGGUGGUGAUCAGAAGUCUAAAGUUGCAAAGGGUGAUCAAGAUGUGUCAAAAAGCAGGGGUGCAUCUGUGAGGAAAAAUAAUGAUGCAGAGGAUCGAAACCCAAAAUCAUCUGACCUGGAGAGUAAACUAGAGGCCCAAACUAAAGAACUGUGGGCCUUGAAAGAUGAACUUAAACAACACGUAACAACAGCUGAAUUGCGUGAGAUGCUUGAAGCCAAUGGUCAAGAUUCAACAGGAUCUGAGCUUGACUUGCGAGAUCGAUGUGCGGAUGGAAUGAUGUUUGGGGCACUUGGUAGCUGCCCCCUCUGUUCUGGUUCUCUUCGUUAUUCUGGAGGCAUGUACCGUUGCCAUGGUUACCUUUCAGCAUGGAGCAAAUGUUCUUAUUCCACUCGAGAACCAGAACGCCUUAAAGUGAAAUGGAAAGUCCCAGAAGAUACAGAUAAUCAAUAUCUUCGCAAGUGGUUUAAAUCACAAAAGGUUGGGAAACCUGCAAGGAUACUCCCAGCACCAUCAUCCAGCAUUCCUUCUGGAAGCCAUGCUUCCAGUUGCCAAUCCCAGAUUUCUAAGAGUGAAAGCUUGUCAGAUUUGAGAGUUACUAUUACUGGAGUACCUAAGGAAACCACGGUAGAAUGGAGGAGAAAAAUUGAAGAUGCGGGUGGAGCUUAUCAUGCUAAGAUCAAGAAAGAUACAAACUGUGUGGUUGUGGGUGGAGUACUCAAUGAUCUCGAUGCUGAGAAUAGAAAGGCAAGUGAUUUUAUUGUCAGGAGAAUGAAACUUCCAAUUGUUAGGGAAGAUUAUCUGGUUGAUUGUUUUCAAAAACAGAAAAAGCUUCCAUUUGAUCCCUACAAAGUUGAGGCCGUAGGUGGGGCCUCUAGCAUGGUCACUGUUAAAGUGAAAGGGCGGAGUGCUGUGCAUGAGUCUUCUGGUCUGCAGGAUAUCGGCCACAUACUUGAGGAUGGUAAUAGCAUCUAUAAUACAACUUUGAACAUGUCUGACUUAUCAACUGGCAUUAACAGCUACUAUAUCCUCCAAAUUAUCCAAGAUGAUAAGAAUUCAGAUUGCUACGUGUUUCGUAAAUGGGGUCGAGUGGGGAAUGACAAAAUUGGAGGGAAAAAACUGGAGGAGAUGUCAAAAUCAGAUGCAAUCUGUGAAUUUAAACGCUUAUUCCUUGAGAAGACUGGGAAUCCAUGGGAAGCAUGGGAAAAGAAAAAUUUUCAGAAGCAGCCAGGCAGAUUUUUCCCAUUGGAUAUUGAUUAUGGGGUCAACAAGCAGGUUACAAAGAAAAAUAAGAAUGAGAGCAGCAACCUUGCUCCCCAGUUAGCAGAAUUGAUGAAGAUGCUCUUUAAUGUGGAAACAUACAGAGCUGCCAUGAUGGAAUUCGAGAUUAAUAUGUGUGAAAUGCCCCUUGGAAAACUGAGCAAAACCAAUAUCCAAAAGGGGUUUGAGGCAUUAACAGAAAUACAGAAUCUCUUAAGCAACAAUACUCAUGAUCCUUCUGUGAAAGAAAGCUUGAUCAUUGAUGCCAGCAACCGGUUUUUCACUGUGAUCCCUUCAGUACAUCCUCAUGUUAUUAGGGAUGAGGAUAUUUUUAAGUCAAAGGUGAAAAUGUUAGAAGCUCUCCAGGACAUUGAAAUUGCUUCAAGAUUGGUUGGUUUUGAUGGUGAUACUGAUGAGUCCAUUGAUGAUAAAUACAAGAAGCUCCGCUGUGAGGUUGUUCCACUCUCUCAUGAUAGUGAAGAUUAUCGGUUGAUUGAGAAAUAUCUCCUUACCACUCAUGCCCCUACACACACGGAUUGGAGUCUUGAACUUGAAGAAGUUUUUUCACUUGAAAGGGAAGGGGAAUAUGAUAAAUUUGCUCCUUACAGACAAAAGCUUAGCAAUAGAAUGCUCCUUUGGCAUGGUUCUCGGCUGACAAACUUUGUGGGCAUACUUAGCCAGGGACUGAGAAUAGCUCCUCCUGAAGCUCCAGCUACUGGUUAUAUGUUUGGCAAGGGGAUUUACUUUGCUGAUCUUGUCAGUAAGAGUGCUCAGUAUUGCUAUACCGACAAGAAAAAUCCUGUGGGCCUCAUGCUUCUCAGCGAAGUUGCCCUAGGGGAUGUCUAUGAAGUCAAGAAGGCCAAGUAUAUGGAUAAACCUCCUGAAGGAAAGCACUCCACCAAAGGACUUGGCAAGAAGAUGCCUAACGAGUCUGAAUGUGUAAAAUGGAGGAAUGAUGUUGUAGUUCCUUGUGGGAAACCGGUGCCAUCCAAUGUCAGGGCCUCUGAACUGAUGUAUAAUGAGUACAUCGUUUACGACACAGCUCAAGUUAAGAUGCAAUUCUUGUUGAAGGUGAGGUUUCAUCACAAGAGUUAAGGAGGAAGCUAAUUGGAUUAUUCACUAACAAGGUCAUUGUAUAUAGCGUGGUGGUUGUGCAGUUGUGAAUUCUUGAAUUGACGUUGUCUUUUAUCUUUUGGAUUCCACAAAUUUGGAGAAGAUCUCAUUUUGGGGGUUUACUGGAGAUCUUUAAACUUUGGCUUUGCCUAUGUAAAGGGUGUUUUGUGGUUAAUGAAACUGUUAAGUAUUUUCGGCUAUUCA